ACUUAUUUCAAUCAAACUGAUUCCCCCACCUUACACUACAAAGUGUUUUAAUCCAAGAUGGCUGCCUCCAUGCUGCAACGCUUUGGGCUGUGUGGGAAAGGCUUUACAAAAUGUGCGCGGCACACGCUUACAGGUAGAAGAUGGAUUCUUUCUUCAGCCUACAUAGAUCCCAAAAAAUGGGAGGAAAGGCCAAAGGAUCCCCAGAAUCUUGCCGAACUGGCAAACCUGAUGGAUAUGACAUAUGAAAGAAAACUUCCUGUCAGCUCCCUAACAAUUGCACGGUUUGUGGACAACAUUUCUUCAAGAGAAGAGAUUGAUCAAGCAGAAUACUACCUCUACAAGUUUCGACACAGCCCAAACUGUUGGUAUCUUCGAGACUGGACUAUUCAUAGCUGGAUUAGACAUUGUCUUAAGCAUGGAGCAUCCGAUAAAGCUCUUUAUACGCUGAAGAAUAAGGUCCAAUAUGGAAUUUUUCCAGAUAACUUCACAUUUAAUUUGAUGAUUGAUUAUUUUAUCAAAGAAAAUAAUUAUAAAAAUGCUUUUUCUGUCAUCGUUGAAGUUCUAAUGCAAGAAGCAUUUGAUUUAUUAACAACCCAAAUUUUAACAUUCCAUAUACUAGGCAAAUAUUUAGAUACCAACACUGACCUUAAAUGGAAUGAAGAACGAAACCUUGGAGCAGCUUUUUUACAUGUGGGGCUAAAACAUGAAAACACCAUUGGCUUCAGUUCUCAACUUUUGGGUUAUGCUCUUCUUGGAAAAAUAGAACUUUCCCAUGGUCUUCAUUCUGUGUAUCAUCAAAUGCCUUUAAUGUGGACUACUGGUUAUAUAAGGAGGGCACUGGAAGUAAUGAAACAAAUUGCAUCCAUGCCUUCCAAUGUAAAAGUUUCUCAACAAGUGAUUGAUAUCCUUGAGAAGAUUUUGGAAGCAUCCUCUGUGUUGGAAAACACUGGAAAUGUUGAUGCAAAUGACAAAGUGGAGACAAAAAUAAACUCAAUGGAUGAAGAAGAUAAAAUAGAAAGGUUAAACCUUCCUCAGUAUGUAACUCAUUUUAAGGAACUUUACAGUAAGUUGCAGUCACUGAACAAGAUUGAGUCUAAAAGCUUGUCAUCUUUGGCUGACCAACUAAUUGAAGAUAAUCUUGCUGAAAGUGAAUCUUCUGACAUUGUUGCAUAUGAAAACAAACUGCAUGAGUGGGAAGAGGAGCGAGUCCAACUUGUGAAACGAGAGCAAGAGAUCAGAGAAAAAACUCGCUUAGAACGUGAAGCAAGGCAUGCAGCCAAAAUGUCACAGUAAUUGGAUUUCAUAAUAAAGACAUUCUAUCGAGUAAUACAAUAAUAUUGUAUCCUGUUUUUACAUUCUUGAUUAACACAAUAAACGAAAUAGUGAAUUUCCAUUUAUGUUCUUAAUAAAAGAAAGUGGGAGUGGAAAAAGUGA